CGCCGACCCACAGGCAAAAAAUUAGGGCUAAACGCAUGCUUUGUGCGCUAGCCCACCCAGGCGAAGAGAGGAGCCACCGAAAAAGCCCUUCUACUCCUCAAUUUCGUGAGAAUUCUCAGAUCGUCAUUCAAUCACUAACGUCCACAGCAAUCAGCCAAAAUGACUAAGGGUACCUCCAGUUUCGGUAAACGCGGUAACAAGUCGCACGUCCUGUGCAGACGCUGCGGUCGCCGCUCUUUGAGCGCUCAGAAGAAGGAGUGUGCCGCCUGCGGUUACCCCAACGCCAAGAUCCGCAAGUACAACUGGUCCGACAAGGCCAAGCGCAGAAAGACUGUCGGCACUGGCCGCAUGCGCUACAUGAAGGAGGUCUCCCGCAAGUUCGCCAACGGCUUCCAGACCGGCCAGCCCAAGGGUGCCCGCGGCUCCCAGGACGCUUAAAUCGUUUCGCCUCUCUUGAUCACUUGAGGGCUACCAGUUGAUGCCUGGCCACUCUUUGCCUGCAUUCGAGCAAUCCCACACUCUGCGACUACCAACAUCUCUUCUUCUGAUUUCCGAGUGCGCUUUGGAUCAAGUCUUCCUGUCCACCGACGAAAGAAAAACAAUCAACCUUUUUCUUUCGUCAACCUCGCCGCCGUAAAAAAAUAUUCUCUUUGUUUCACGACUUGACGACGGUACAUCUUUAUAUGCAUAACCCCUCCCCCUCUUGGACAGGAGUAGACCUCCAAUAGCGAGAAGAUGAGCACAUGCAGUGUGUAGGAUUUGUGAGAGCUGGUUGAAAGGGCUACUGGUGUAUGGAGCCCAGCAUGGAAAUUAUGGACAAUGGGAAAAAAAGAAAAACGGUUUAAUUGUUUUUGGUGUUUGAUAGAUGAUGGAAA